GAUAUAUAGCAGUGGCCAGUGGCCAUGCCAGUGAACAGACUCAAACUCCUCUGCAUCUUUGACUGUGUGGACUGUUAUUACGGAAUGAACACAUUGGCUAUUCCAAUGGAAAGGGAGAAAGGAUGGUACCUUUCCCUAAUGGCACCUAACACCAAGGGACCAACGUAUGCUUGGUUGGAUCCAUCAAGACUCUACUGUAAUUCCCAGGGUAUUAAUAGCCCUUACACAGCCUGGAGGUGUGUUUAGCAUUCCUGUCCUGUUGAAAAACGAAUGACAGUCCUACUAAGCACAAACUAGAUGGGAUGGUGGAUCGAAGGAAAAUGCUGUGGUAGGCAUAUCAAGAUUUAGUGUGUCUUGCAUUCUAAAUAAAUCACAGACAGUGUCACCAGGUAAGCACCCCGACACCAUCCCUCCUCUUUCUUGCUUCACAGUGAUGACCACACAUGCAGAGAUCAUCCAUUCACCCACUCUGUGUCUCACAAAGACACGGCGGCUGGAAACAAAAGUAUUCAUAUUUGGACUCAUCAGACUAAAGGACAGAUUUCCACGGAUCUCAUGUCAAUUUCUUGUGUGUCUUGGCCCAAGCAAGUCUCUUCUUUAGUAUUGGUGUCCUUUGGGAAUGGUUUUAAAUUGGGGCAAUUCAACCAUGAAUGCCUGAUUCACUUAGUCUCCUCUAAAAAGUUGAUGUUGAGAUGGGUCUGUAACUUCAACUCUGUGAAGCAUUUAUUUGGGCUGCAAUCUGAAAUGCAGUUCUUUGCCAAUUUCUGAGGCUGAUAACUCUAAGGAACUUGUCCUCUGGAGUAGAAGGAACUCUGGGUCUUCCUCUCCUGUACCGGUCCUCAUGAGAACCAGUUUAAUCCUAGCGCUUGGUUUUUGCAACUGUACUUGAAGAAACUUUCAAAGUUCUUGACAUUUUCUGGAUUGGUUGACCUUCAUGGCUUGGAGUUAUGAUGGAUUGUGUUUUCUCUUUGCUUAUUUGAGCUGUUCUUGCCAUAAUAUCAGCUUAUACGGUACAGAAUUUGCUCUUCAGUAUACUAACCCUACCUUGUCACAACACAAAUAAUUCAACAUGGCACACACGUUAAUUGAAAUGCAAAUAUGAGAUGUAUUUUGACCUAUUUAAAACUUUUUGGGUUAAUAGAAGUCUGUAUGUGUAAUUUCAUAGUAUUACAUCUUCACUAUUAUUCUCCAAUGUGUAAAAUAGUAAACAUAAUGAAAUAACCCUGAAGUAAGCAAGUCCAAACUUUUGGCUUGUACUGUAGGUAUACCUUGCAAGAGGGAUAUAUAUAAUGUAUUGUGUGCAUUUUCUUACCAUGUGCAUGCACUGUAAUGUUUCUGUAAAGAAACCUAUAGCAGGAAUGUUGUUCUGUUUGGUUUUUUCUGGUUUUGUUUUUAUCUAAUCCAGGCCCUGUUAGAUUGUGUGAAAGACCUUCUCUGUCCAUUCCAGAAUGAGACCAUUCACCUGGUCACUAGCAUACAUGCAAUGGGAUUCGUUCUAGCAUUGGCCAGUGGCCAUGCCAGUGAACAAGACUCAAACUCCUCUGCAUCUUUGACUGUGUGGACUGUUAUUACGGAAUGAACACAUUGGCUAUUCCAAUGGAAAGGGAGAAAGGAUGGUACCUUUCCCUAAUGGCACCUAACACCAAGGGACCAACGUAUGCUUGGUUGGAUCCAUCAAGACUCUACUGUAAUUCCCAGGCCCUGUCAGAUUGUGUCAAAGACCUUCUCUGUCCAUUCCAGAAUGAGGCCAUUGACCUGGUUGCGGGUGUAGAUGCAAUGGGAUUUAUCCUUGGAUCGGCUAUAGCCACCACCCUUGGUAAGGGCUUUUUGGCUAUUCGCAAAGUAGGACACCUGUGCAUACAAACCGAGAGCCAACCUUACACAGACUACUCAGGGAAUGAGAAGAUGAUGGAGAUCUGCCAAGAUGUGUUAAGGCCAGGGCUCCGAGUGCUGAUAGUGGACCAGUGGAUAGAGACUGGAGGAACAAUAAAGGCUGCUAUCAAACUGGUGGAGAGGCAAGGAGCCGUUGUUGUAGGUGUUGCCACUGUGGCCAUUGAGAACAGUGAGGGAGGAAAAUGGAUCAAAGAGAAAUAUAAAUAUUCUCAUUGCAUCCCAGAGGAACUGCAAAGUCAAAUUGACAAGCAAUAUCUUGACUCCUUUAAGAGCUUCAACAAUUAAGCCCUCAACUUGUUCUAUUGAUAAUUUGUUUAGGAAAUCACAAUUUAAAUAUAUUCAAUGAGUUAGGCCUAAUCAUGCAUGUACACAUAAGAGCACCAGACGUUUUCAAAAGUAUGUAUUCCAUGGCAAAGUACCUUUGUUUUCUGGUCCUAAACAGCUAUUUUUAGGUUAGGGCAAAUAAGAUUUUUAGUCCUAAAGAUUUGAGUCCCAAAAUAAGUAUAGGCAAAACUAGAGUGUGACUGACUGAGGAUGAGAUUACUACAUGAAUGUUGAUAGCUUAAAGAUGGAAUCAGCAACAGGGGAAAUAAUGCAACUGUCCACUACUGUAACUUUAGUGAGUUGCUAUGGUGUGCAGUACAACUUAUGCAUCUUCAUCUUGUGUUUUUGCAGUACAAUCAUUUGAGGGAGCACAUUUGGUUAUUUGCAGUAACUUUUCUGUAAUACAUCCCAAACAAACAAAGCGUUUAACCACUAAAGAUUCCAGUUUUGACAGUGUUAACAUUAAGCAUUAUUUGUCAGCUUGGGGCACUGACAAAAACGUAUUAAGCAGAAUGUAAUACGCCCAACAACUUAUUAAUGACUCAACUUACAGAGUUAUUUUCAGAUAUUGGGCUUUUUCCAGUUAAAAGUUGAUCUUAUUUGAUUCAUUGAGCACAUUAAAUAUAUUUGUAAUGUAAAUGUUUGAUA